GUACUUGCGAACAAUGCGCACAAAAGCUUUGCGAUACCCUUGGUGCAGACUAACAUCAGGUGCUCAUCAUGCAUGCAAUCACGAUCUGCUGUUUGUGACCAUUCAUCGGACACGAAGGUAACCUCAACUCUUCAAUUGCAGCAUAAUCUCUCAUUCCUCAAAAAAGCAGAGGCUGGACUCGCAACACCUGUAACGUAUCUCGAUAAGGGACCGUUAUUUUGGCAAGUGUAACAAGCCGAGCAGCGUUCGAGAUGCGUGCGGUGAUGCAACCUGACAGGUCCGAUUGUUUUGGGUCUUUAUUCUACAUUUGACAUACGCCAGUAUUGAGCAGAUGUACUCAGCCACGUGCGAUGGCGUCCUAGAAGGGGACUAGGGUAAAGUCAUCUUUACUCUUCUCCAGCACCGUUCGCGAAAGUUAAGGAAUGGGCCCACUGCAGAGACCGUCUCCGGACAGGCAAAUUAUGCUAUAUUCUUCUUCACACUUACAGGGAAUGGAGCGACCAGUGCGAUCAUUCAAGUCUCUCAUUCGUGCUACAUCUCCGCGCACGAGUCCUGAGAAACCUUUACCACCCGUACCGCCACCGCUGCAGAAGAAUCCAUCCUCAUCAUCAAUAACCACUAUUCAGACUCGAAGUACUGAGCUGUCCUUGUGGGAAGUCCCAUCCAAUUGGGCUAUGACGACGGCUUCCAAGCUCCAUCAACGCCUUCUUUCGCUCUUUGACAUUAUUCUGCCCUAAUACCAGAGCCACCGGAGGAUAUCGCAGCGAUGCAGAUGGACCCUAUUCUCUGGCAAUAGGGCAACGGCCCUUUCCAACAAACGCCAUUGGAUCCUAUAAAUGAGCAUACUGCGAUCACUCCAGUAUUCUAC